UACACAAAGCUAACGUAAUACAGGAGGAYGUUAACAUCAGGAGGAGCUGUUACACAAAGCUAACGUAAUACAGGAGGAGGUUAACAUCAGGAGGAGCUGUUACACAAAGCUAACGUAAUACAGGAGGAGGUUAACAUCAGGAGGAGCUGUUACACAAAGCUAACAUAGUCCUUACUGAAAGUCAGUGGUGGUCAACUUUGAGAGAUAGUCUAUAUGUUAUUUUACUGUUCCUUUAAAGAAGAUGGCCAAUGUGUCGCACGGACAACUGAUGUAAAGAUGUGAGUGUGGUCUGAGGCAGCUGUGAUCCCAUGCUCCAGCCCCCCCACCCACCCCAGCACCACACUAGAAUGUACUUGAACUUGCCUCCAGUCGCGGCUUUGCACACAGAAUGGAGGUCAUCGUGCGGUGGUCUGCCCAGAGGCUUUAGCGGUCUGCCACUGUGCUUCAAUGACUCUGACAGCGACUUGUCCACCACUGGAACACCCAUCUCAGAGAAGGUCCAGAUGAUCAUAGAGAGCCUAAGGAGCACCCAGUCCUCACUCAACAUGGGCGACGAGACAGAAGGGAACCAAGUGCUAUCAGGGCAACCGGUACAGGAGGCUGGAGCCCGGGGCUCCCAGGGCCAAGGCUUCAAGGUCCGGAGGGGGCCUCCUGUGGUUAUCGAACCCAAGCCCAAAUUCAGAGGCCCUCUUCCUCUCACUCACACUGAUAACUUGCUGGCACUGCCAGAAGUUUCCUAUAAUGUUGAUUUGGAGAGUUCUGACGGCGAUGACUCUGUAGAUAGAGGCAUCGAGGAGGCCAUUCAGGAGUACCUGAAGGAAAAGGAUGACCACAAACGCAAGGCUGAGCCAGAACCGGCCACUAAUAUUUUACAGCCACCCAAGAUUCCCCGGCGGGAGGCUGCUCCAACCUUUCCAGAACCUACUAAACAACAUUCCGACAGCAAUAAGGUUUUAACUGCCAGCAACCAGGUUCCGAGAAGUGUCAAAACAGAGACACACAACACAGCACUACCCAUGAAAAAAUGUUUGAAAAGUAAGAUACCCACCUGCAAAGAGAAUCCCUUUAAGAAACUGGACACAAUAAGCAAUGCAGCGGUGGUAAAAAAACUAUCUUCUUUGCAACAGAAGAGAGGCCCCUCUAAUUCCAACCCUCUCUCUGACAAACAGAAGAGUCCUGUACUGAAAGCAGUGAAGUUGGAGGAACACUUGUCUGACAGUGACAGCAGCAGCAGUAGUGAUGACGGCAUUGAGGAGGCUAUUCAACGCUACCAGCAUGAGAAGAAGAAAGAGAGACAUGAAGGAGGCAGACAGUCCUCCAAACCCCUUCUCGUCCUCAAAGAGGAGUCAGACUCCAGCAGCAGUGAUGACGGAAUAGAGGAGGCCAUCCGCCACUACCAGCUGGAGAAGCAGAAAGAGAAGGGUGUACCGAAGCUCUCUCUAUUUCUACCCAAACAAAAGCAAGUGGGUAAAGCAGGGGCUCCCCUGCACUGUCCAGAGAGCACAAGCACUCAGGCAGCGGCCAUGAAAAAACACAAACGCUCUAAAAAGAAGAAACCUGAGACUAGGGAUUUAAAGUCAUCUCUACAUUCUCAAACUCCUGGUUCCUCACUCUCUCUUAUCAAGAAGAGAUUAGCAGUUAGCAGCCCCAAAGGGAAUGGCCUCCUCUUGUCGACUAAAGUGGAGCCGCUGCGAGAGAGGGAGCAAGAGCAGCACACCACCCCAUGCCCAGCCACUCUGAAGGUGAACACCACCACCACAGCUGAGCUGAUGUGUGCUGAGGCCAUCCUGGACAUUUCUAAAGCUGUCAUUAAAAUGCCAGGGGCCUUUAACCCUAACGUAGCAUUAGCAGGCCAUAUCAAUAUUAACAGUAGCUCCACGGAGUCCACCGCCACCACUUCUCUUAUCUCCACAAACUGCCAUGGUGCUGAUGAUGAUGAUAGUAAUACAAGUGAUAAUGAGAGCUCCAUUGAUAGUGAGGAUGGGAUCGAACAGGAAAUCCGGAAGUUUCUUGAGAAGAAAGCCCAAAUGCACAAACUGUCAUCUGGGCCCGGCUCAGAUGUUGGUACUACAAGUCCAGGUGGAAACAACACAAUAACAGAACCAGAGAAAAACACCAAACUGAGUCCGGCCCAGAAGAAAACACUGAGGCUGUCUGUGACGCAGAAAAGAAAGCGCAAAGAGGAAGGUGGCAGCAGGAGGAGUUCCAAGGAAGGAGAGAGUGAUCUCAAAAUGAAAGAAGAGGCACUCCCAAAGCAUUUGACCAAGCAUGACCAAAGGUCAAGGUCAUCUGUUUCCACCCUGAAAAAAGCCCCACUGAAAUCAGUGAGGGCCUCAGAGAGGAGGGGGGAACCUAAGAGUGGAGACAAGAGUAGCUCACUGGACAGUGACGAAGACCUGGACACUGCAAUAAAAGACUUGCUCAAGACUAAGAAGAAGUUGAAAAAGAAGACUAGAGAUAUGAAGUUGAAGUCAAGGAAGGGCCUUGAGGAUGAGGAGCCGCUGCCUAGAAAAACAUCAGAGUUAAAGAAGCUGGGUAUGGACCAUGUGCCCAAGACUACCAGCCUUUUGAAAACUAGCCUUAAAGUCACUACUACUACUACUGCCCAGAGUAGUAACAACAACAGAGAAAAAGGCAUAUUUAGUAAGAAUGUGUCACAGUAUCCACAGAGCAAUGAAAAGAAAGAGCCCCUCAACCAGACAGAUGAGAUGGACCGAUCUCAAGGGAACAGGGAUGUAGAAGGCCUGUCAAGAGAGACUAACCCAGUUGUUGUUCACAUCAAGGAAGAGAGCAGUUCAGUGGACAGCGACGACAGCAUCGAACAGGAGAUCCGAAAGUUCCUGGCAGAAAAGGCCAAGGUUUCUACUACCACAGUGAAAACAGAUGAUAGAGAGGAGAUCGGGAAUGGCAAGGGCAAAACUACAGUCCCUCUCACGGAGAAAUGCAUCAAAUUGGAAAAUCUGCUGGCUGAAAUUCCAAGGAUAGACGUUACUCAAUUCCCUGACCUGCCUCGUCAGAGCAGUUGUGAGCAGAGAGGAGUUCCGGACAGAGGAAUCUUUCCAAACACACCCCCUAUCCAGCCAGUGCCAGGAAACCACACCCCAGAAACAGCCAGGGGGUCGUGCCUCCUCUCAGCCCUCACCCCCGGCUCCUAUCCUCCAGCGCUGGAGCCUGCCAAUGGCGCUGUUUCUGGGUCUGCCAGAUCAGAGAAGAGGAGGAGCUCUAGUUCAGAUUCAGGAAGCGGUGAUACCCACCAGAGUGCCAACUCUGAGAUGGCAAGGGGUUACAGCUACAGGUCAUUUCCCAGCACCAGCUACCCCUUGCCCAGGACUGACUCGGAGCAGUGGCGUAAGAGCCAAGUGAUCCCCACCACUGAGACAAAAGAGAAGAUCCAUAACAGGAACCCAUUCCAGUACAGCUCACCUAGUUUCGGUGAGAAGACAGCCACCACUCCAGCGUAUCAGUGUGUAGUACCAGCCAGUAUCUAUCCGAGUAGGAGGAAUAUUGAGCCUGCACCGGAUACACCUGUCUCCACCCGUCCUGCUGCUGUACGGACUGGGAGCAGCAUCAGAUCACCGCUGGUUCCAUUCCACCGCCCCUCAUCCUCAGAGACUACAUCUACGUCGGCUGCCGUCUUCAGCUCCCCGUUCCCCAGCCUGACCAGGAGACCUACGGAGACAGGACCAUCAGGGAGGUACUUCCUUCAGAGUCAUGGGUCAGGCAGCCGCUGGGGUCAAUCCCCAACCCUGACCCCGGGGCUGUCGGAGAGCAGCGUGGUACACGUGGCCAAGGACAAGACGAUGUUUGUUGAACUGUUCACGAACGAGACCAACCACGUUCAGGUCAGAAGCAGGGAGGUGAAAGUGAGUGAGGGAAAGGAGGAAAGGAGGAGAGACUUGCCAGCAGGAGAGAGUGAGAGAGAAAGGGAGUGCAGGAAGACAGAGCAGAUAGGAAGACGAGGAGAGGAGUGUGUAGAUGAGACCGACGUCAGCGAGUCAGAUGAGAGGACGAGCCCAGAGCAGCAGGGCUUUCACACUUUGUCUCUGUCCAGCGCCAUUGACCCUGGUAUCACCCUCAGCCCUUACAUAGCAUUGAACACAGAGGAAAGGAGCAAGAGGUUCAGAUGGAUGUGUAAAGCUGUUGCUGUAAAUCAGCCAAAGAAGACCAAGUUUGAGAAACCUGUGAAGAGAAAGCUCCAAUUUCUACCUCUAUCCAGGAAAAAUAAAUCAACUGGGAAGUAAAGCAACAGAAGCACAGAUGUUUUUUUUACAGGAAAAUCUUUCAAGAUUUCUUAUCAAACAUUUAAAUGAGUAUAUGCCAUUUAGCAACUGCUUAUAUCCAAAGCGACUUAGUCAUGUGGAUGAAAACUGUUAUUGUUGGUGAAGAGGGUUUGUCUGUUGUAUGUGAAUUGUUUGAUUCUGAAUUAUGUUGGUUAUGUUGAAAUUGCACUUGUUAUUGUUCAACAAUGUUUUAAUUAUUUAUAUUUGUUUAAUAUUUGGAUACAUCUUUUUUUUUUAUUAGGCUAUGGGUUCUCAAUAUUCAAAUUGACAGUUGUUGAAGAACGUUUUCAAUUUCAAUAGAUUUUAUAGAUUGACUUCUACAUCACAUUCAUAUUGAUGUUAAAAUAUAAUUUAUUGGGGAAAAAACAGUUCUGAAAAUCAACACAUCCCAAAAAAUGUAGAUGUUACAGUAUUUGGCUAGAAUUUGACAAUAAAAUGUGUAGGCUACAAGAGAGUACAGUAUGGUUCAGUAACUGGUAU